CACUGAUAGGUGGCACUGAUUGGCAGCACUGAUAGGUGGCACUGAUAGGUGGCACUGACUGGCACUGAUGGAUGACACUGAAAGGCAGCUCAGAUGGGCACUGAUAUGUGGCAUUGAUGUGGCACUGGCACGUGGCACUGUUUAGCACUGACAGCUGGCACUGAUGGACACUGACUGGUGGCACUUCUGGGGCCACACUGAUCAUCAGGGCACACUGAUCAUCAGUGCCCUGAUGAUCACUGUCAGUGUGACAGCUCGAGAGGAAAGAAAUGCCGAUAAUCGUCAUUUCCCUGUUUACAUGUGAUCAGCUGUGAUUGG